AUGAGUUCACUAGCUUUAACUGUUCUUACACUUACUGUUGGUAUGUUUUUUAUUCUUACUGGACAAUUUAAAGUUACAUCGAAAUUUUUUCCUGAUAUAUACGAAGAUAUGAGACAUGAAUUUGGACGUAUUAAUAAAGUAUUUCCAUUUUAUAAAAUAACUGGUUGGCGUCCAUACGCUAAAAACUACCGAAUGACUGUUGGUAUUAUUGAAGUUAUUUGUGGAGUUAUUUUAAUUCUUAUACCAGGACGACUUAAACAAUUGGCGAAUAUUGUACUUUUAGUAUUAAUGUUAGGUGCUGUUUAUACACAUUAUGCUUUACAUGAUAAACUUGAUCGUAUGGCACCUGAAAUUAUAAUUUGUUUACUUUUAGUAACACGUCUUAUUAUUUACCAACAAGGAAAACGUUCUAGAAAUGAAAAAUCGACUAAAUUAAAAGAUGAAGUUACAAAUGAAGAAAAGGAUAAUCAGCAAGAAUCUGUAGAUGAAGAAUCUGAAGAUGAAAAAAAUUCAUCAAAUGAAAAGAAAAAUGAUUAA